AUGUACCCAGAUGAAAUUUGUGGUGAUUGUCAGAAAUUGACACACAAGGAUCAUAAAUUUGAAUUAAUAACUGGUUAUGCCAAGUCGUUGGAGGAAAAGACCGGCAAUAAUUUACAAGGAGUUCAAUCGUGUUUGACCUAUCGAUCGAAUCGAGUGGAUCAAAUGGUGGCAGAGGUCGAAGAGGAAAGUCAAACGAAUCAAUCGAAAGUUACUAAAGCGAUGACAUCUCUUCGUCAACUGAUCGAUGAACAAGAACGAAAAUUACUGGAAAGCCUUCGUAAGAAUGAGCUGGGCGAUAAGAAACGCAUCGAAGAUUACAAACAGCUACUCCAAGGUGAACAACAAGGUUUGAUUGAGCAAAUAUUGAAGUUCGUGGUAGUUUGUCAUGAUAAGAAUCUGAGAAAACUACUGGAUACAAAACAACCAUUCAAUGAUUACAUCAACAGGACAAAUACCAGGUUGAUAGAGUUGAAGCCAUUAAGUAGAAUUAAACAGCAUCUGCAUAGUCUUGAUGCAUUGACGGACUUGGAAAAUCAAAUUCGGAACAUCACCUUGCAGGAAAUCCCGGAACAUCAAAAUGAAGAAUUACGACAGCGAAUGGCAAAUACUACCGACCGAUCAACGCUGAAUUUAUCGAGUAUACACUUGACCAAUCUGGAUAUGGAACUCGUGGCCAAAGAAUUGGAAAUCAACUGUGCAUUGACCAAGCUUCAAAUGUUUACCAAUCAAAUUAGUGAUAUCGGAGCACAACACCUGGCUGAUGCACUUCGAACAAACACGAAUCAAAUUGGAGAUACGGGACCACAGCAGUUGGUAGAAGCACUGACAACAAACCCAGUGAGUCAUAGCUUUCAUGCUUAG